AUGGCAACUACUAGCGAAUAUUUAAAAAUUGAUAAAAAUCAAAUUUUGUCAAUUUUUCCAAUUAGUCUACUUGAAACAAAUAACUUUAUUCACUUGUUUACCAGAAUUUUUGAAAAAGAAUUCGAAAUAAUUGGUGGAGAUUCGAAAUUGUAUUUGAUUUUCGAGGAAAAGAACAGAUCGAACAAGGAAGUUCAGGUUUUGACGGAUUUUGAAGGAACUUCUGAUGAAAAUGGGAUGAAUGCGAAGAUUAUUAGGAUUGCUCCGAUUGAUUUUAUGCUCAAGAUUUGUGCUCAAAAUUCACAGUGAGUUUUUAAACAUCAAAUUGCGUUCGAUUUGACACCAAAAAUGUGUAUGCUAAAAAAAAAACCUUAAAAUCUUUAAAAAUUACAGAACAUUGAAAAAUGCUGGCAUUUCAAUCUUCUGGACUUCGAAAAACGAUCAUAUUCAACUCGAUUUUUACUUGAAUCCCAAUUUCAUAAUUGAUAACAUUUUCGAUUUUGAACAACUCGAAAAAUCGUGCAAAAAUGCUCAAAUCCUCAACAAAAUCUUCAUCGAAACAUUUACCGGAAAACCAAAACAACUUCUCAAAACAUUUUGGAGUUUUCCAAUUUUGGCAAAUUUCGAAACAAAUCGUUUUUCGUCGCAUUUUUCGAAAUAUUUGAAGUCGGAAAUGAGAAAUCAGCGGGUUCCGAUUGAUGAUAUUCAAUUAUUCUAUUAUCCAUCAUUUGGAAUGUUUUCGCGCAAAAAAAUCGAUAAAAUACCAAUCGAAUUAAUGGCAAAAGGUGGAAUUUUGGCGGAUGAAAUUGGACUUGGAAAAACUAUUGAAAUGUUGGCAUUGAUUGUGUCGAAUCAGAGAAAAUUCAGGAAAAUUGCGGCGAGGAAUGAGAAGUUUGAACGAUUGAAUUGGGAGGAAUAUGUGGAUGUGAGAUAUAUUUUGGUGCAAUAA